AAUUGCCGAAUUUGAAAGAAGGCCUUUAAGACAUCCGUUUCUAUACCAUCAUAUCAAAUGGUUUGCCGAUCGAGAAAGUAUAUUGAAAACCCGAGAUCAGCCAAAUUCCAUGCAAGGGUAUCCUCAGAAUCAUAAAUUUUGA